CUAACUCAUCCCCUUCGUAUUUUUCCUCACCCUCCUCCCGCAGUUUAAAUCAUCUGGGACUAAGAGGAAAACGUCUUCUAAUCCAGCUCCAAAUAUAGCAAUUUGUGUGGAGUUACGUGAACGUUGGGAGGGAGAGGAGGGUUUGAGGCAGCCACAAAGCAUCACAGGGAAAGGGACUCAUCUUCUUUGCACUUAGCUGUGCUAGGUGUACGGCUUCGAUAUAGAAGGCUAUGGCAGAUUUAUAAUGGUGGCAUAGAGAGAGUUGUAGACUGAACGCCUGAAGCUGGUGCACAGGCACUUAAAUCCGGAUGAAGUGACGCUGUCCUUGGUGCUGAAAUCCAUCCAUCCUUGUGGCUACACGGUAGCUGUGUCACAAACCUCCCCUGACUUCACUGUAACUCUGACUACAAAGGUUUUUUCCCACUCUCGUUCAUGGCCGUCCCACGCAAGAAAGAAAUAUAUUUAUUGGAUAUUAUAGUGAACAGCACAGCCUGAGCUCCAUCCACAUCACUCAUAAGGUUUUCCUCAUUACUACAUAAACCGAUGCCUACCUAUGUCUGUGCGCUUGUGACUCCCCAGGCCACAACCAUAGACUGUAUGUUUUAUUUGUUUUAAUCGUCUUCUGCAUCUGUCAGGAUUGAGGCAAAAAUCAUAAUUCUUCUCCUUCCUCUUUUUAAUAUCUGCCUUAUAACUGGUAAUGAGAACUUUUUCCUAAUAGCACACAGAUUUGAUAACUGAACUUUUCCAGAUUAAAGAGAUCGCAAUGGAGUUUAGAAAAGAGGAAUUCAAGAAACUAGCUGGAAAUACCUUAGGACAUCUGCACAGGAUAUUAGAAAAACGACAGACACAUGGGGAAACGAUCGAGCUGACUGAGGAAGGACGGCCUGUGACUGUAACCGAGAAACGCCAGCCAGUAGUAGAUUGCACAUGCUUUGGGUUGCCCCGUCGUUACAUCAUUGCUAUCAUGAGUGGACUGGGGUUCUGUAUCUCUUUUGGCAUCAGAUGCAACCUGGGUGUGGCCAUCGUCAGUAUGGUGAACAAUAACACAGUGUACAAAGGGAAUAAGCUGGUUAUGGAGCAAGCACAAUUUACCUGGGAUCCUGAAACAGUUGGCAUGAUACAUGGCUCGUUCUUUUGGGGAUACAUCGUAACACAGAUUCCGGGAGGAUACAUUUCACAAAAAUUUGCCGCUAAUAGAGUAUUUGGAUUUGCUAUUGUUGCUACAUCUACAUUAAACAUGUUGAUACCUUCAGCUGCCAGAGUACAUUAUGGAUGUGUCAUCUUCGUCAGGAUCCUCCAGGGAUUGGUAGAGGGAGUGACGUACCCAGCAUGCCAUGGAAUCUGGAGCAAGUGGGCUCCCCCCUUGGAACGCAGCAGACUGGCCACCACUGCUUUCUGUGGUUCUUAUGCUGGAGCCGUAGUGGCCAUGCCAUUGGCUGGAGUCUUAGUCCAGUAUACAGGAUGGAGCUCAGUCUUCUAUGUCUAUGGCUGCUUCGGUCUCAUGUGGUACAUGUUUUGGAUUCUUGUGUCUUAUGAAAGCCCCGCACAGCAUCCAACAAUAUCAGAUGAAGAAAGGAAGUACAUUGAAGAGAGCAUUGGUGAAAGCACAAGUUUCAUGAACCCACUUGCGAAAUUUAAGGCACCUUGGCGAAAGUUCUUUACUUCUAUGCCAGUAUAUGCAAUCAUUGUCGCAAACUUUUGCCGCAGUUGGACAUUCUAUCUCCUUCUAAUUAGCCAGCCAGCUUAUUUUGAAGAAGUAUUUGGCUUUGAAAUCAGCAAGGUUGGACUCCUCUCUGCUUUACCCCAUUUGGUUAUGACAAUCAUAGUCCCUAUUGGAGGCCAGAUAGCUGAUUUUCUGCGCAGCAAGAGAAUUAUGUCUACUACCAAUGUCCGUAAAAUGAUGAACUGUGGCGGCUUUGGCAUGGAGGCAACGCUCCUUCUAGUUGUGGGCUACUCACACACCCGAGGAGUGGCUAUUUCCUUUCUUGUUUUGGCUGUAGGAUUUAGUGGCUUUGCUAUAUCAGGAUUUAAUGUGAAUCAUUUAGACAUCGCACCUCGAUAUGCCAGCAUUCUCAUGGGUAUUUCCAAUGGUGUGGGUACGCUGUCAGGCAUGGUGUGCCCUCUGAUUGUAGGUGCCAUGACAAAGCACAAGACUCGAGAGGAGUGGCAGUAUGUCUUCCUAAUCGCUUCCCUCGUUCACUAUGGUGGGGUAAUUUUCUAUGGCAUAUUUGCUUCAGGAGAGAAGCAGCCAUGGGCGGAACCAGAGGAAACUACAGAUGAAAAAUGCGGGUUCAUCCAUGAAGAUGAGCUUGCUGACGAGAGUGAGGAUCAACCUCAGGGCUAUGGUGGCUAUGGAAGUUAUGGCGCCACCAAGAGCACAAGUUUCCCAAAUGGUGGCUGGCCAGCUGAGUGGGAGAAAAAAGAAGAAUUUAUCCAGGACCAGGGCAAGGACCCCUAUUUAUAUGGGACUGCUUCCGAAAGGGACUUAUCUUGAAAAUAAAAACAUACAGAAGUCUAAAUAAUAUAAAAGCAAUGUCUCAAAUCCAACUGAGAAUGAGAAAGAAUUUAACGAGAGGUGACUGGUGUUGCCAAGCCUCCCCACUUCUCAUAAAGGCAGUACCUACAGUAUAUUGCCCACGAAGAACCCCAACAUGUUUUUGAUGUUAAAGGGCCCAUUCCAUUUCUGGUAUCAGUGAUUUGCUUGUUUUUUGUCUAAACUGUCACAAAGCAAAUGUCUUUCAAAUGUCUAUCACAUGUAUGAUUGUGUAAGCAAUAACAUGUACUGUAUGUGUGAAUGUUAUCAUUGAUUUUUGAACACUAAUUUACAUACAUGUAAACAUUUUGUGGGUUGCUGAAAUGCAUUUGUGACAAAGAAAUAUAAUUGUGGGCAAUACAAUUGAUAAACACAUCUCCAGGCAAGGCAGGAUACCCAAUGACUUCUUACCAUUGCUUUCCUUAUCCUAUUUAUUUUUAGAGGUAUAAAAUAAAUAUUUAUUAAAUAUAAUAAUUAUUAAUUACAUAUGUCUCCCCUUUCAAGGAGCAAUAUAUGGGACCAAUUUGUACCCCAUGGCAGUCCUACUGUUAUGUAAAGUAUAAGGGCUUCUAUCACCAUCAGCUCUCAUGGGACAGUGUCCGGGUAAAUAUCACAUGCAGUGGGGGAUGGGUAAAGUAUGUUUUGCCAUCGUGGUGGGUGUUGUCAUUUUCCAGUCUCGGGCUUACUUUGUGAUUAGUGUAAUUGAUGAGGCACUUUUUCUGUGUGUUGUUGUGUGCUUGGCAAUGGUGAGUCAGUUUAUGGCAUGCAACAUUGUCCCUUGGGCCGACAUGACGGCAAAAAAAAAAUUAAAGCAUUUAAUAAGCUGUCGAGUAGUUUUUGUCACCUUUCCACCGGAAAUUUAAGGUCCAAGUCAGCGUCCCUUAUCCAGAGAAUGGUAAGUGCAUUACUUUUACAGUCUUCUGUGUGGCCAUAUUGUACAUUACAGUAACAUUGGCGUAAAUUGUGUCCUCAUCAAAACAAUUGUUUGUUUCAAUUUUACUGAACACCAAGCAUUUUGUAUUAUCAUGGCAAAGCUCUUUCUGGACUUUUCAGACCUUAUCCAAAGAUGACAGCUGUUAAACUGUAAAGCGCUGUUAGUUCCUCCAGUUCUUAAACUAAUAUCUCCAGCAUUAAAGAGCUAUAAUAUGUUUUGAGUGUAUAUAAAGCAGUCUGAGCUUUACGGAUCCAUGGGCCUGAUUCGAAGAUGGACGCUAAUUGCUUCGCUGAUGCGUCUUAAUAUGCAGUGGAUUCGAGAAGAUAUGCAAAUGGUACAGAGAUGCCCAAUGCCAGCUUCUCAUAUCAGACCACUUGCGUACAAAGACGCAGCAUCAGAUGAACAUUAGUUAUACUGUACCAUCAUUCACAUGUCCAUCACAACUAAGCAACGGGACCAGUGGAACUGCAUCCAAAUAUCCAGUCACUAGAUGCUACUCUUCCCAAAAUAAUGGCAACAUACCAGUGUUUUUUUCACCACUCUCCCAUUACCUCCCCCAAAUGGUCACUGUCUGUCAAUCACUCUGCGUUCUAAUCCACACUAUAGCCGCCAUGGCAACAUCAUAACGGCACUUGCACUGUGUGAGAUGCAUGCGUAGAAGAUAAACAUCGGCCGUUUGUGAAAAUAUCGGAAUUGCAUCCAUCUCUGAAUCAGGACCUAUAUUACCUACAUGAGCAAUAUGGAGAGCUUUAUACUGGUUUAUUCACACAGUCAUCAAUGUAACCAAGCGCUUUCUACACAUUACAAUUACAGUGGAGGGGAAACCUGAACCUGAAAAAGGAUAAGUGUUCUGGGAGGGGUGAUGGUCGUGAAGAUAAAAUGACUUAAACAUGUGCAGUAAUUGUACAUAAUAAAUUAUAUUCCAAUUCAAA